UAAAAAAAAAAUCAAUUGAAUUGUGUUCGUUAUAUUUAAAAUUGUGUUACUGAAAAUACUGCAUCACUUGUAAUGUUAUGCAUAGAUGCAUGCCGAAAUACGGUAGGAGGGGGAAAUGAUCUUUUCACUGCCCAAUCCCAACUCCUAGUAUAAUAAUGCGGGACCUGUUCCAAUACUGUCAUCAGUGAAAAAUUCAUCUCCAUAUUUCCCGAUGUUCCUCUGAAUGAUGUGCAUAUCUUAUGUUCAAAAUGUCAUUCCAUCUUUUUUCUGCUUAUGAAAAUGUUUUAUCACUGAUCAAAUAUCCAAUAUGAUCUUAUUAAAUUAUUUAUGGCCAUUGAGCCUUAUAGUUUGAUGCAUCUGUAGGAACCUUGGUUGAUAUGCGUACUACUGUUCCACAUUUCUGUGCUGCUGAUAACUAUCAUCUCGAGGAAAAAUGUCAACUUCCAACAGCCUGUCCAUGCUAGCAUUGACUGGUGUAUAUCUUGCUGAGAGGUUAAACAGUUUUCUGGGAAAACACUGGAAGAACUUUGCGAGCCAGAAUUACUUUGAUCCUCAUGGACUUUUUAUUUCAGUCCUCUGGUCAGGUCCACUUCUUUUUGUAACCAUCAUAAUUGUGGUGAAUACUCUCUUCACAUUGUGCCACCUUAUUAUAAGAUGGAAAAAAGCAGAACUCAGACAUCGGGCUAGGCUUGCUCGUGACAAGCAGGAAUAAUCAGUCCCUCUGCUUUUUUACUGUGGUCAUGUUUUUGUUUUUAGGGGAUGAUAGGAGCACUUACAUCAUUUCACACCUGAUUUUAUUCGGAUUCGGUGCUCAGUAUUUUCGAUCUUUUGAAUCAUUUGUUGUCAUCCAAUUAGGUGUUUUAGGGAGGACACAGCUGAAAUCUACUUGAGCCAGGUGGGUGUUUCAGGAAUCUAUGAACGGGUUUUCGACAGAAACAAAAAGAACAAUUUUGUCCGAUAUGUUGGGACUAAAAAAUCUUGUAUGAUCUGUCUUAUUCAAUUGUAAAACUAUAUGUUUGAUAUGCUUAGAGUGAAAAUUUCGAACUGUAACCUCACAAAAUAUAUAUAUUUUUUGAAUGAUCAGGGAACUUUGACUA